AUGGAAGACCGUAGAACACAAGAGAAGAUCCUAGUCCACGGAGCUGCACUGCCGUUGACAUCCGUCGAGAGAUUCUUGUACGGCCAAAAGAAAGAUGCCUUGUUUCCAAAGAAACAAGAUCUUUCUAUAGACCCACAGAUAUUGAAGACGACAAGGGCGAUCGACAAGAAAAAGAACAUGACGUUUGGUCCGAGAAAGGAGAAAACAUUGGCCGCUAGUGGCGGAAACCGAAACGUUUUUGGAGAAAUGAUCGUUAAAGAUGCAACUAGAGACUAUCCAAAGAGUACUACUUGCAAGGACAUAACAAAGAAGCGACCAUACAAGUAUCUCAUCAAAGGGCAAUGGACAGCCGAAGAAGAGACAGGUAAAUAUAUAUUAUCGAUUCAUCAGACUUCUAUAUGCGAGUGUAUAUGUACCUAUAAUAAUUCGAUCUGUGCUUUGCAUACAUAUAUUAUGUGUAGGAAGUUAAUAAGGUUGGUGACGCAACAUGGGGAGAGGAAGUGGGCAAUGAUCUCGGAGAAUCUUGAGGGAAGAGCAGGCAAGCAAUGUCGUGAGAGAUGGCAUAAUCAUCUCCGUCCCGAUAUCAAGAAAGAUAGUUGGAGCGAAGAAGAAGAGAUGGUCCUUGUGGAAGCACAUACCAGGAUAGGGAAUAAGUGGGCAGAGAUCGCUAAACACAUACAAGGACGAACCGAAAACUCUAUCAAGAACCACUGGAAUGCGACCAAACGACGCCAAAACUCAAAACGCAAACACAAGCUUUCAAAAGACGAUAUGGAUGACCUCACUCCAUCUGCUAAAAGGCCAUGCGUUCUCCAAGACUAUAUUCGAAGCAUCGAGAAGAAUGAAAAGGACAAUGGCAAGAACAUCAUCAUCACCACCAGUACUGGUGGUAAUAAUGUUCUUGCUACUUCGAAUCUUGAUCAGUUUUACUCUGAUGGAGACUCUACAUCGUCGCUCCUGGAUGAUCCUUAUGACGAAGAGCUUGUUUUCCUGAAAAACAUGUUUGCAAACCACUCGGUUUCUCUCGAGAACAUCGACUUAAGCCAAGGUCUAGAUGAGAUAUCACAGUCUUCUUCAUCUGGGUUCAUGAUCAAGAGCCCUAACCCUAGACCUAACUUGAACAACAAUUUUGUUGGAAUUCAGCAUGGAACAAUGGUCACUGAUCCUACGAGUACCACCCAGCUCGCGUCUGAUAUCUACUUAUCUGAUUUGUUGAACGGUACGGCAUCGUCUUCUUCAUCUUCUUUUCUGUCUUCCAGCAACAUAGAUCAUGGCGGCGAAAAUGAGCUGCUUCAAGCUAACUCUGGUAGCGAAAGAAGAGAAAUGGAUCUGAUAGAGAUGCUCUCUGGUUCUACUCGUGCUAGCAACAUUUGGUUUCCAUUGUUCUAG